AUGUUGACCGAGAUUUUUGCUGUUGCUGGGCCCGUGCAACACGUUAAAAUCAUCCCAGACAGGAACUAUCAACACGGUGGCCUGAAUUAUGGAUUCGUGGAGUAUAUGGACAUGCGUGCUGCAGAAACUGCGCUUCAAACUUUGAACGGCCGUAAAAUAUUUGAUACGGAGAUUCGAGUUAAUUGGGCCUAUCAAGGUCAACAAAAUAAAGAGGACACCACAGGUCACUACCAUGUCUUCGUAGGGGACCUUAGCCCUGAAGUCAACGACGAGGUUCUUGCCAAAGCAUUUAGCGCCUUUGGAACCAUGUCGGAUGCGCGUGUUAUGUGGGAUAUGAACUCUGGAAAAUCUCGUGGUUACGGCUUCCUUGCUUUCCGCGAUAAAACGGACGCGGAGCAAGCAAUCGCCACCAUGAAUGGCGAAUGGUUAGGAUCAAGGGCAAUUCGCGUCAACUGGGCCAAUCAGAAAACUCAGGGUGCCCCCCCUGGUGCUAGUUCUCCGCAUGCUUCAAGCGCGCCGCUCGGAGGCACUGGAGGUGCUCCUGCUCCUAUCAACUUCCAAGGCGGGCCUUUGUCGUAUGAAUCUGUUGUUCAGCAGACACCAGCCUAUAACUCUACAGUUUACGUGGGCAAUCUCGUUCCUUACUGCACCCAAGCAGACCUUAUUCCUUUGUUCCAAUCGAUCGGUUAUCUGUCCGAAAUUCGUAUGCAAGCUGAUCGCGGAUUCGCUUUUGUCAAAUUGGACACUCAUGAACAUGCUGCCAUGGCUAUUGUCCAAUUGCAGGGCCAAAUGGUUCAUGGUAGACCUAUCAAGUGCAGUUGGGGUAAGGACAGAGCUGAUGGCGCUGCCGCUCAGCCAGCUGUUAGCCCAACCGCAGCAGCUACUCCCUACGGCAAUAUGCCUAUGUACGGCAUGCCCCAACCGACUAGCUAUGGGCAAUAUGGCUUUGGCGGUUACGCCGGAUUCCCUGGCCAAGCAGCCGCAGCUCCUGGUGGAGCAACCUCGGCAUCUCCUGGAAUGCCUCAAACUGGUGCACCCACCGCGGGAUUGGGACUUACUGUCGGGGGACAGCAACCCGGUGCAGAUUUGAACUCUGCCGCAGGUGCUCAGACCGCUCAACCUCAGUGGGGUGCUACCGACCCAAAUUACUAUUCGAAUUAUUGGGGAGGCUACUAUGGUCAACAAGCUGCGACUACCCAACCCACUGGAGGCGAUACACAGAUGCAAGGACCAGCCUAA